GACGCGUUUGGUCCCGGGUUUCUUCGUUCAAGCUCUGCAUAACUCGAGCGAGAGCAGCGAAGGCAAGCUUCUGGAGGCUAGGGUUUUGGCUUCAGGGAAGCGAAAUCAAGCAGCGAGAGUAAUCCUUCCGGGGAAAUAGCUGAACUUCACUUACUACUGUUAAGUCUCUGAUCUAGGUUUUUAUUUUGUUCUUUCUCCAUCGAGAAUCAGAAAUGGCGAUCACCUCUCAAACUCCUGACAUUUUAGGUGAACGUCAGUCUGGCCAAGAUGUUCGCACUCAAAAUGUGGUUGCGUGUCAAGCAGUCGCCAAUAUUGUUAAGUCAUCACUUGGUCCUGUUGGGCUCGAUAAGAUGUUAGUUGAUGAUAUUGGUGAUGUGACAAUUACUAAUGAUGGUGCCACAAUUCUUAAGAUGUUAGAAGUUGAGCAUCCAGCUGCCAAGGUUCUCGUGGAGUUGGCUGAACUUCAGGAUAGAGAAGUUGGAGAUGGAACGACAUCAGUGGUCAUUUUUGCCGCGGAGUUGCUCAAGAGGGCAAAUGAUUUGGUUAGGAAUAAGAUUCAUCCAACAUCUAUAAUAAGUGGGUACCGGCUUGCGAUGAGGGAAGCAUGCAAAUAUGUUGAAGAGAAAUUGGCAAUGAAGGUUGAAAAACUUGGUAAAGAUUCACUGGUAAACUGUGCAAAGACUAGCAUGUCGUCAAAGUUAAUAGCUGGUGAAAGUGACUUCUUUGCGAAUUUGGUUGUAGAUGCUGUACAAGCAGUAAAAAUGACAAAUGUAAGAGGGGAAGUAAGAUACCCUAUCAAGGGAAUUAACAUCCUAAAAGCUCAUGGAAAAAGUGCAAGAGAUAGCUACUUGCUCAAUGGAUAUGCUCUCAACACUGGCCGGGCUGCUCAAGGAAUGCCUUUAAGAGUUGCUCCGGCAAGGAUUGCUUGUCUUGAUUUUAAUCUUCAGAAAACAAAAAUGCAGUUGGGUGUCCAAGUACUAGUUAAUGAUCCGAGGGAACUUGAGAAAAUUCGUCAAAGAGAAGCCGAUAUGACCAAAGAACGUAUAGAAAAACUUCUCAAAGCUGGAGCUAAUGUUGUUUUGACUACCAAGGGCAUUGAUGACAUGGCACUCAAGUAUUUUGUUGAGGCUGGAGCUAUUGCUGUGAGACGGGUUCGGAAGGAGGAUAUGCGGCAUGUUGCAAAGGCAACUGGUGCAACCAUGGUUUCAACAUUUGCGGACAUGGAAGGGGAGGAAACAUAUGAUUCUUCACUUCUUGGAUCUGCGGAUGAAGUUGUGGAAGAGCGAAUUGCUGAUGAUGAUGUGAUUAUGAUAAAGGGAACCAGAACUACAAGCGCGGUUUCCUUGAUCCUCAGAGGUGCAAACGACUACAUGCUUGAUGAGAUGGAGAGAGCUCUUCAUGAUGCUUUAUCUAUUGUGAAAAGGACCCUUGAAUCUAAUACGGUGGUAGCUGGUGGAGGUGCAGUUGAGGCUGCCUUGUCUGUAUAUUUGGAGUACCUUGCCACAACUUUAGGUUCUCGAGAGCAGUUGGCAAUUGCAGAAUUUGCUGAUUCUUUACUAAUUAUACCCAAGGUACUAACUGUCAAUGCUGCUCGGGAUGCCUCUGAACUAGUUGCCAAAUUACGUGCUUAUCACCACACUGCACAGAUGAAGGCUGAAAAGAAACAUUUAUCGAGCAUGGGACUUGACCUUACAAAUGGAACCAUUCGGAACAACUUAGAAGCUGGAGUCAUUGAGCCUGCAAUGAGCAAAGUGAAGAUUAUUCAGUUUGCAACUGAAGCAGCCAUAACAAUCCUUCGGAUCGAUGACAUGAUCAAGCUUGUCAAAGAUGAAAGUCAGAAUGAGGAGGACUAGGAUCGUUUUUGGGUCAAUUUAGCAGCAGACCCUUGUUGGGUUCAGUAUCUACUGUGAGGAGAGUUGUCAAGGCGCAUGAAGAUAAAGAAACAUUUCUUUCGUUGUCGGUUGCUUGUUCUGCUCAUUUAUGGUUUUGUAGUUUUAUCUAAUAGCUUCAGCAACUGUUUCUUGAAAUAUUUUGUUUGUGCUUAUUAAUUCGAGGUUAGGAGUGUCAGAAAUGUUGUAGUCUGAUGUUUUCCUGUUAAAUGAAUGAAUGGAGGAAAAUCUUGAGCCAGUCU